GCGUCUUUCGCUGCUGAUUUUGUUUUAUUCCAGUCGGAUCAAGUAAUAAUAGUUUUAGUGACUCUCUCCACUGGACUAAGCCGAUCGCAGAAUACUAAAAUACGUGAAUGGAAAAAAUAGUGUGCCGAUAUUCUACAUUUGAAAUACCAAACUUUUGAUAGAUCAACGAUAUGCUACGCCGGACUGAACUAGUCUCCGGUGGAUACAUGAUGUAUCAUCGGAAGGCUAUGGGAACCAUGAAGUAUAGUCGUUGGCGUGGCGCCCACGGUGGCAUCAGCCACUUUUAUAAUCGCACUGCAAUGAUAGAGGAGGUCCGUAACAAUAUCCCUGUGACAAUGGUUGAUCGCGGCAUGAUGAGCUAUGUUCACCGCUCGCGUCUUCGUCAUUUUCAGCUAUUUCGGUCUUAUCAACAAAAGUCUAAUACUACGGAAUGCAAGCUGCGCGAGGGUGAGAUGCUGCGUCGUCGCUGGCAUCGUCGUAUCCAGAAAUCCUUCAUCGCCUUCAUGCAAUUCAAAACUAUGAAGGUUCUCGAAGAGCAGGCCAAACUCGUAAACCAGUAUGGGCAGGCCUCCGUGAAUGCCGCCCUGGGGGAUCCGUGGAAUGUUACUUCACAAACCGACCGAGAACGCAGAUAUGCUGUAUUACACCGACGCAUCAAGACGCUUCCAAGUGUGAAUAUUGUGCCAAAGCAUGUUGCGACUAUGAAGCAAAUUCACAAUGAUCGCUUCAAUUACCGCUGGCGCGUAAACUAGGCUGUGGAAAUCCCUCUCCGUUUGUUUCACAGUGUCUCUUAGCUCUGCAUUCAUAAAUUCCUUUUAGUGGUGAUACAUCGGAUAAUACGAUGGAUAUAAUCUCUUUUUUUUUGCGUGUAUGGUGUCUUUCCAUCGUUCCGUAUCCUUCUACCACUUUUAAUUCCCAACAUUGUUGUUGUCGUGGGCAUUUCUUUGCAUCUUCU